AUGGCUUACCUGAAAAGACCUGAAAAGGAUAUGAUAUGGAAAAGGUAUGAAGCUAUCGAAUUCUUCUACGCGGGGGAAAGAGCUCUAUUGAAAGUCGGGAAGUACAUUGAUCCCUUUAGGAUUGUCCAUGUACUGAGCAAUGAAGGCAUGUUGGCAUUUCCGGAUUUGGCGUUUCCGAGCACAAAGGAUCGCAAGUUCCCUUUGCGCAUCGAUAAGUCUAUACAUUCAUAUGCUUGCUGGGCUACCACAUAUUUGCAAAACGCUCGAUAUGAUGAACUCGCCGCUGCUGCUGGCAUUUUUUUCCCUGCCACAUUCCCUCUUUCGGAUUUUGAUCUGCAUGCCGCGAAGAUAGUACUGCACUGUCCAAUGACGAUGAGGUCGACACAGAGGAAGCGCAUUGGAAAUAGCGUUGUCAUGUUGAGACAUGACAGAAUUAUAGGCAUGCGGCAGACUCUAAGAAAAAAAAAAAAAAAAAAAAAAAGCAAGAUGGCCUCACCCUAG